AUGGGAUGCUACCCAGGGACUGCAAGCUUCCAGGGCACAUGGGUGAAUGGCGCCCCCAGAUGGGGCUCUGCCUCCAGCACGGCGGUGGCUGCCCCGUCCCAAUCUAGCCUUGCCUUCCAUUAUCGUAUCUGCCUGUAUCCCUUGGUUAUCUUGAGGGUCACUGAGGCAGCGAAUAAAGAGUUGCGCUGUCGACGAUGGCGACACCGGGCUGGGGCGUCGGACAGGCUUGGCCCGAACCGUGAGCUGCUCUGCACAGUUGGCCAAAUCGCCAAGGGAAAAUUUAUCAGCUAUUUGCCAUCUAUCUUUAGGUUCAUUCAGUUGACCGCAUAG